AUGUCAGUAGAAAUUGAUGGCCCAAAUUAAAGUGGACUAGGGUUUAGGCUCUGGGUUUAGGAUUUAGGUUUAGGUGGAGCCCAAUCUCCCAAAUCCUAAUGCCUAAUGGAGCGGUGGCCCAGGUUGGUUUCUUCUUCCCUCUUAAACGAACAGCGACUACCCGGUUUCCAGACGUUCGAAACUCGGCGAUUCCUCUUUACCGACGCACAAUAUCGGGGCAAAAGACGAAGGAAAACCUCAAAUUUUUAAAGAAAAAAAUGAGAAGAAAAACUCGAGCUUUGAAGUUCAAACCUAGAAAUUCGAUACCUCCUUCAAAUCCCUCGCUCAUCUCCCUUCAUCGCCGGCAUCAGGAUGAAGCUAAUAGAGAAUAUCAUGUUGAUGGUAAGGAUCAUGGAGCAUCAGAGGAUACUGGUUCCAGUCAAGAUAAAGGUAAUAGCAAUAAUGAUGUUGAUGCUGACAACGUUGUGGUUCCUGAUUCUGUUGAGAUGGAGGAUAGACGUGCUUCAGGAAACCAAGUUGCUGGGCCUAGCGGUGACUGUAUUGUUGUAGAUUGGUUAGAAGGAGAGUUUUGCAUUAGAUGCAAUAGCAGAAGUGGCCAGCUUUUGGUUUGCAGUGAAAAUGGAUGCCCGGUUGCUAUACAUAAGGUGUGCAUGAAUUGUGAACCUAAAUUUGAUGAUACAGGUAAAUUCUACUGCCCUUAUUGUUGGUACAAGCGAGAACUAGCAAGGACCAAAGAGUUGAGAAGGAAAGCUAUGUUGGCAAAGAAGGAAUUGUCAAACUUUAUAUGUUUGAGAAACGAUGGUGGAAAUGAAGAGAAGAGGGAAGGUGAAACUGUAAAAAUGAAAGAGGCAAGUUUAUCAACAAUGGCAGGGAAAGUAAAUUCUGGUAAUUGUGAAAAUGGGCUGAAUGAUGAUGAUGAUGAUGAUAUAGAGACAAUACCUCAUAAUCAGGAUUGUGAAAAUGGACUGAAUGAUGAUGAUACGGAGACAAUACAUCAUAAUCAGGAUGAAAGACAGGGUGUUGAGUCCAUAAGCAAGGAAAAAUCUGAUGAGGAAAGCAUCUCUAGAGGUCAUGGGUUUGACAAUGUUGGGAAUGGAGAAAAGAUACAAGAGGAGGUUAUAGAAAAUUCUUCUGGUAGUGAAGAUGAUGAAAUUGAUGAGGAUCAAUGGCAAGUACAGCCAUCCAGUUCAAGCCAUUUAGGAAUUGUGGAAGGCACACUUCAUGUAUCAACCAAAGAAACUUCUGGCUUUGUAGGUCAAUCGGAAGAGAACUUAGAGAAGAGGGGGAAGGAAGAGCCAGUGCUUCCAAAUGAAGUAGGAACUACUAUGGCACUAAUUUCCAUAGGUGCUACAUCCAAGGUGCCUGCAAUUCAAUGUCCUGAGGUUGUAUCACCUGAUUUGGAUACUGAGACAUUUGUAGUGCGUCAAAAGCGUUUCAAACGAAUAGCUCAGAAGGCACGACGACCUCAGAAAGUUAGUUCACCAAAGAAUCCAUCUUUUCAACCAAGUAACAGUACAAGGGAUACAAAGAUGAACCAAGAGGGAGGAGCUAAAGUGGCAAAAAGCUCUGUGCAAUGCCAAGAAUCAACUGAGCGACUCAUGAUCCCAAUUGUGGGUACUGAAAAGCGUAGGAGACUGCACUGGAAAGCUGAAGAGGAAGAUAUGCUGAAGGAUGGAGUGAGAAUAUUUUCAACUGAAGUGAACAAAAACAUCCCCUGGAGGAAAAUUUUGGAAUUUGGUCAUAAUGUUUUCCACGCAACUCGUACUCCAGUUGACCUUAAGGAUAAAUGGAAGAAUAUUAUGGCCAAAGAGGCCCUAAAAAGUAAUAGGGGGUACUGAUUACAACUGAGGAGUAAGGAGGGAGUGAGAAUCUUUUUGGCUAAAGUGAACAAAAGCAUCCCCUGGAGGAAAAUUUUGGAUUUUGAUCAUCAUGUUUUGCGCACAACUCAUUCUCUGGUUGACCCUAAGGAUAAAUGGAAGAAUAUUAUGGCCAAAAAGACCCCCAAAAGUAAUAGGGGUACUGAUUACAACUGGCGGAAUAAGGUAAUGUUUUUAACUGUUAAUAUUUGUCUUGCUGGAAUUAUCUCUCAUAGAACAGGUUGGUGGUGGAUGCCUGGUAUGUGAAAAGUAUAAGUUAUUUUUCUACGAUGCAUUUUGAUGUAUUUAAAUUGUUCUAUAAAAUGGAUAAUGUUUUUUUGCUCCCUUUUUUCUUAAGGUUAUGCUGAAAGUUGCUGCUUAGUUGUAAUUUUUGACAAAUAGUUAAAUCUCAAAUUUAACAUUUCAUAUAAUCGUUUAGUGACUGCUUUCACUUUAUUUGGCGUUCUGAUUCUCCAAGAGGAAAUUGAAAGUAUAAACAGUAUUUGGGAUGGGUUAGCAGUUAGGAUCUGUUCAAAAGUAAUCAGUUACGGGAAUACUAGCCAUCCAAAAUCUCAUACCCUUUUCCCUAUCAAAGUUUUAUCCAAAUUAAGACUAGUUUCUAAAGUGUUUCAUUUCAGCAUCUUGCAUAUGGAUUUUCUUGGUAACUUUACAAUAGGAAAAUCAAGCUUGGGAUCAUUGUAUCCAGUUUCGGAGCUACUAGAUGAUAGACAUCUCUUGACCCUUGGUGGU